AUGCCUCGCGCAAAGUCAGUCAAACCUGAGGCCGCGCCCAAGCCCGAGCCAGAUGUCCAGCAAAUCACUGUUGACAAAGGCGAGUUUACUCGCACUCGCGACGCACUCAUCACCUCAUGGGUUGCCCUCGACAAUGCCCUCAAAAACACCAUCACCGCCUAUAUUGAUCAUUCCAACGCAUGGCUCGGUGGUACCGUUGAGCUGGAUCCCAGCAUGAUCGACCUCGGCAGAUUCCUCCAGACUGGCGAGCUCGUUACCAUCGGUGGAGGCCCUCCUGCAGCUCCCGAGAAGAAGCAGAGAAAGAAGGCCGAGAGAGACCCCAACCAGCCCAAGCGUCCCCUCACUGCCUACCUCCUGUGGCUGGGUGAGAACCGCGAGAAGAUCCACGCCGAGCUGGGUCCUGACCAGAAGAGAGGCGAGAUCUCAUCCGAGGGUACCAAGAGAUGGAACGCCCUGCCUGAGGAGGUCAAGCAGAAAUACAAGGACGCCUACGUCGCAUCGCGUGACCUCUACAACAAGGAGCUCGCAGAGUUCAAGGCCAACCGUGGUGCUGCCGCUGCUGGUAGCCCCGAUGCUGAUGACGAUGAGGAGCCUGCCCAAGCCGCUGCUGCCGCUGAGUCCGACGACUCUGACGACGAAAGCACCUCGGAAGAGGAAGAGAAGGAGCCCACUCCUCCCCCAGUCAAGACUCCCAAGUCUGCUGCCAAGGGUAGCCGCACCAAGAAAGCCGCUCCCCCCGCCUCGUCUCCUCCCCUCCCUACCUCUAGCCCCGUUAAGAAGGGUGCCUUCACCGCCGUCAACGGCUCCAACAAGCGCAAGAGCAAGACUACUGACGCCGAAGCCGUCGUCGAGGAGCCCAAGAAGAAGCGCGGUCGCAAGGCCAAGGAGGAGGACGUCCCUGCCUCUACUCCCGCUGAGGUUCCCGCCAGCGCAAAGAAGGAAAAGAAGGAGAAGAAGAAGGGUCGCAAGAGCGUCGGUGGUGACGCUUAA